AUGAAGCUCUUCGUAAUCGCUCUUUCUUCAGGUCUUCUCAAUGAGGUGAAUGCGUGGUGGAAGCCCACACCGGGGACCUCGUACCAGAUCCAACUCAGUGGCACACUUGACCUCUCCUAUGACGCCGAUAUGUACGACAUCGACAUGUUCGACACGCUCAACACCACCAUCGCCGAGCUGCAGCAACGAGGCAUCAAGGUCAUCUGCUACUCCAGCGCCGGCACAUACGAGGACUGGCGCUCCGACAAGGACCAGUACAGCGCCGACAUCAUCGGCACACCGCUCGACGAGUGGGAAGGAGAGAGCUGGGUGGACAUCCGCAGCCCCAAGCUGCGCGAGAUCGUCACGAACCGCAUGAAGCUGGCCCAGGCCAAGGGCUGCGACAGCGUCGACCCGGACAACGUGGACAGCGCCUUCAACGACAACGGCUUCGACCUCACGGCGGCCGACCAGCUCGACUUCAACACGUUCCUGGCCACGACCGCGCACGAGCUCGACCUCACGGUUGGGCUCAAGAAUGACCUGGACCAGAUCGACGACCUGGUGUCGAGCUUCGACUUCUCGGUCAACGAGCAGUGCGUGCAGUACGACGAGUGCGACACGCUGGCGCCGUUCAUCGAGCAGGAUAAGCCUGUGUUCGGUAUCGAGUGCUCCGGUGGCAAGGCCACUGCGUGUGCCACUGCGAACUCGCUGGACUUUGACACGUUGUUCAAGACGCUGAGUCUACAGAGCGAGCGCUACAGCUGUCGCGAUAUGUCGGGGGACUCGAGUUUGGGCUCAACGAUGUCGGAGGAUUCCGACGCGAAGUCUGGAUUGAUGGAUGAAUCUGAAGAAAGAAAUGGAUCAUCAGAUAACAAUUCAGGUUCGACCUCCUGGACUAGCUCAGGUAACGUUUUACUGCUUGUUGGUUUAGCUGCAUGGGCGUAUGAAGACUAG